CCUGGCUAUGGUGAUGCUUGGGACUGCAGGCAACACAGCCAAACAGAUUUCAGAGGUCCUCUGCUUCACCGAUGCAGAGCAACCAAAGCUGGAGGAAGCACAGCUGUCACAAAUGCAGACACAGAUGCAGACAUGUCAGCAGAUGACAGUGCAGCAACAGAUACCCAAAGAUGGUGAAGAUGAUGUCAACAGCGGCUAUAAAAAACUGCUAACUGCAAUCAACAAAGAAAAUAAGAGCUAUGAUCUCAGCACUGCCAACAGGCUGUAUGGGGAGCAGACGUUCGAGUUUAAAGAG